AUGGUUUAUAUGCCACGUUUCCUAGCGGCUAUAGGUUAUCCAGGAGACCUUGUUCAUAAGUGUUGCUGUUUUGUUUUGUGUGUUUCUGAAAUCCGAUUAAUGGCGUUGGGAUUAUCUUCAGUGAGCGUCUUCAAAAGCGACUGCAAUCACCCAAUUGUAUCACGCACAAGUAGCAUAACAAAUUAUCGUCUUUGCGAUUCCAUCUCUGUAGCAAACCAUCCCUGUUUUCUCUCUUUGAUUCGGGUACAACAACCAGUUAUAUGCGCUAGAAAGACUGGAAGGCGAGGGGGCUCUCAUUCAUCAAAAAAAUUGAUGCUUGAGCUAGCGUCCAUGGUUGCAUUGAAUCUCAAUAUCUUACCUCAACCCUUAAAUUCUCUUAUCGGAGAAUUUGCCCAAAGAGAUGGAAAAGGGAUUUUAUCCGAACUCCAAAGAGUUCUUAGAGGGGGAGUUUUGAAUGGAUGGAGAAGGAAGAAACAAUCGAGUGGAAAACAAUCGUGGUUUAUUUUAUUAUUAGUCUGUGGUAGUCUGAUGUGUUGGAAAAUUAUGGAGCUAGACAUGUUUCUGAUGGUCUCAUGUUUUAGCCUCGUCGGACUUUCUAUUAUUCAGCUGUGGCGAAGGAAAGCAUUCAAGGAAUGGAUUUUAGGCUCUCUCUUUGGAAUUGUUUUACUGAGUUGUAAAAUAGGGAAAGGGGAGAUGAAAUUUGUGGUUGAAAGGCUGAAGAUUCGUUCUUCAGCUGCACAAAUUGCCAUCAUUGAUUUUGUUUGUCCAAGGGAUUGCGUCCAGGGUUGGUCUGUGAGGUUUUGCUUCAAAGAAGGAACUAGGAAGUUCAAUCAUCAGCGAUAG